GCAGAAUAGUCGUUAGUAGUUCAGUGACAGCAAGCCGGCCCGAAAGUAGUGUGACUGUCACCAAGGUAAGAAAGCCAUACACCGAAGAAUAAGCGAUGGACUCAUUAAAAUAUAUUGUCCUGACCCGCUUAGCAUUUUUAGCUAUUUUUCUGAAAUGGAGUUGGCGCGAAAAAUAGAAAGUUGAGUUGCACAACGCGAGCUAGCCUAGCCAGCUAACCACGUUGCUGCUAGCGCGACUCUCUCAGUCAGGAGCGAGCUAGCUAGAUAUGCUAACUUUUGAUUGCAAUUUCACAUAAAGUUUCAUUUGUCUGAUAUUCACCGUAGCCGAUUAGUUAGCUAGAUUCGCCAGCUACCACGUCAUAAGCAACCUUAUAGCUUGCUGCGCUAAUGCAACCGGGCUAGGCCGUGCCAACCUCAGUGCGUUUUUUGACGUCAACUGCGACAUAGCGGAUUAAACUCAACUCCACGAUUUACGAUGGAGUUGUACAGCGACUAGUGGGCGGACUGAAGCUCCACGUCACUUAAAAUGCCAUCGUUUUUUGUAAUUGCGACUUGUCACUAGUUACCACAGCCACAAAGUCAAAUGUAACUAUAUUGUAAAAAAUCAUGAAAACUAGCUUUUUGGUAUUAUUAAUAAAAGGUUAGCAGUGUGGUUAGAAUCAGAUUCAAGAAUAUACAUUUUAGAAAUAGGCGGGGUUUAGCCAUAAUUAUGACUUUGUGGCUGUGGUAACUAGUGACGACCGUACUUGCGGGCUAUUCUUUGGGUGCUGAAAUCAGUAGUUAAAAAAAAUAAAAAAACAUUUUAUGUGACGUCAGAGCUCCAGUCCGCCCACACUAGUCGCUUCUCAACUCCAUCGUAAAUCCUGGAGUUGAGUUUAGUCAGCUACUGCAACGUGGAGGGUGAGCAUAGGGAAGGUUUCACAAGACAAGAUGGAGGAGAGCCUUGUCUCUGAUCAGGGAUUGCAUUUAUUUUGGGAGAUUGUAAAAUAUGACCUUUUCAUUCAAGACAGGAGAAACCUAUUGUUUAGUUAAUUUUUCCGCAACUUGUUUCUAUAACUUUCUAGCAAGUCGAUCUAGUUUACAGAGCAGCUAGCUAGCUAAGAGCUAGGCUAUACUGUAGCUAGUGACCUCCACCAAAUAAUUAUAAUUAAAACGAACGCCAUUACCAUCACAAUAAACUAAAACGGUAGGCAACAGUCAAGUAUAAUUGGCUUAGCAGCCAAUGUGUAUUAACAUACACUCACUUAUAGGAAUGGGUAAUUGUUUACAAGUUGCUAGCUAUUCCAUAAACCCAUCUUCGAAAACCACAUAUUUUCAUCUUCUUCAGUGGUUUGGUAACAUCCUCUUCUUCAACGUACUCUGGCCGGACUGAAGAAGACGCAGAGUUUGGAUAAAUUCAAACGGAGUGGUUAUGGUUAAUGUGAAAGUGAAUGAAAUAGUGUCACAAUGUAAACAAGGCAUAAUUCAAGCGGCAGUGCAUGCCUCUUCUGCACAAUGGUCCUGUAAAUAGAAUGCUCUGGUCCAUGUCUCCUUCUAAAUCUAGCUAAAGGAAUUCUAAUUUCAAGGUCAUGUCAACACAUUGCUGCUAUUUUUCUUGUCAUUCACUAGUGUCCACAGCUAAGUACUCGGCAGUCCAUUUUUGUUGCUCUCUUCUUGUUUUGGAUGCUGGUGUCCGGGGUUCAGGACGAGCAAUGCCGUCAGAUCUUGCAAAGAAGAAGGCAGCGAAGAAGAAGGAAGCUGCGAAGGCCCGCCAGGCGCGUACCAAGAAAACGGAUGAGUUUAAUGGGGAGAACGACCAGCCAGAGAGCCAGGAGAAUGGAGCAGACAUCAAUGGUGAGAGGAGUGAAAAUGCACUGAAGUUAUCAAUAAUCAGUAUUGGAUUAUUAUGUCCACUGGUUGGUUGAAUAGAAGUUAUUCUAAACUUGUGACAUAUUCCCAGCAGGGAAAGUAUCUUUCAGCACUAUUCCAAUGGCUUCCAUUAACCACGGUGUCUGACAGCUUUAACCCGCACGCUAACACUCUACUUGGGCUUAAUAUAGUCAACCAGACUAUUGUGAUUGACAGGGGUGGCUAGCCUGACCAAGGAGCUGGAUGAGUUUGAGCUGAAGAAGCUGGAUGCACGGGCGGUGACGGGGGUGCUGGCGUCCCACCCCAACAGCACCGACGUGCACAUUGCCAGCCUGUCGCUCACCUUCCACGGUCAGGAGCUGCUGACCGACACCAGCCUAGAGCUCAACUCGGGACGGCGCUACGGCCUCCUCGGCCUCAACGGCACAGGUAGGUAGUACCACCAUAAGUCGUCACAUAGGGGCGUGGCCCUACGCCAGGGGCCACAACCUCAAUGAUUUUCACUGACCCAUUUCUCAUUUGUAGAGGGUCUGCACUCAAACAAAAUAUAUUUUCUAAGUAUUUUUUAUUUAGAGGCAACAAGAGUUAGGCCAUCAUCUGUGUGUGAUAGUGUUUUUUCCACUGUCUUAUUUUCUUUAGUGUGACCUGACACUCACUGACACAUUUCUCUCUGUUUUUAUUAAGUGUCAUUUGAUCACCAUUUGCAUGUUACCAUUGCAUCGUAAUAGAUCUUAAAUGUGGAUAAUGUGGAUGUGUGCAUUGUAUUUGAGAGCCGCUGCUAACGUAUGGCGUUUCCCUUUGGCAGGAAAGUCCAUGUUGUUAUCAGCCAUCGGCCACCGCGAGAUCCCCAUCCCCGAGCACAUAGACAUCUACCACCUGACCAGGGAGAUGGCCCCUAGUGACAAGACGGCCCUGCAGUGUGUGAUGGAGGUGGACGAGGAGAGGAUCCAGCUGGAGAAGGAGGCAGAGCGGCUGGCAGCCGAGGACUGUGAGUGAAACACAUACUGUAUCUAUUUGACAAAGCACCACCACCUUAUAGUUUCAUUUAAUUUAUGAAAGGUAACUGGGGCAUGGUUUGAAACCACCUAGUUGUAUUCUCCCGGAAACAACCAGCUGCACAAUAGUUAUCUAUUCAUAUAUAAUAUAAUAUAAUAUGCCAUUUAGCAGACGCUUUUAUCCAAAGCGACUUAGUCAUGUGCGCAUACAUUUUUACGAAUGGGUGGUCCCGGGGAUCGAAGCCCACUACCCUGGCGUUACAAGCGCCAUGCUCUACCAAAUGAGCUACAGAGGACCACAUAUACAAUGUAGCUGAAACAGUUUCCCCCAUCAUCCCUCUGUAGCUGAGUGUGAGAAGCUGAUGGAGCUGUACGAGCGCCUGGAAGAGCUGGAUGCAGACAAGGCGGAGGUGCGGGCCUCCAGGAUCCUCCACGGCCUAGGCUUCAGCGCCGCCAUGCAGCAGAAGAAGCUCAAGGACUUCAGCGGAGGCUGGAGGAUGCGUGUGGCUCUGGCUAGGUGGGAAAUCUAACGUGAUGCUUUAAGAUGAAUGCACUGUACUGCAAGUUGAGUUGGUUGCUACGCCUUCUCAACAUCCCCUAACCAGUUGACAGUGUUGGUUUUGUCGGUGAUGAUAUUCUGGCUCCCUCUACUGAACGCUGUGAGGAUACUGCCAUCGUUACCCAAUUUAUUACUGAGAUAGAGCCAACACACCAAAAAUAAAGUGUUUGUUUCAGAGUCAAUGCAAGUGUUAGGAACCAGUGUCAGAUUGUUAUUGAACAUAGUAGACGGGUUUCAUUACUGGUUGCAGAUGCCUGGACAUGAUGACCUAGUUAUCAGUUUAUUACCCAGUCAGAUCUCAGAUUACCUUUACAUUGCAAUAAUAUGAGUAGAAUAUGUCUGUAACAAAUGGUUUUCUUUUCACUCUUCAUCCUCCUAGAGCUCUGUUCAUCAAGCCCUUCAUGUUGCUGCUGGACGAGCCCACCAAUCACCUUGACCUGGAUGCCUGUGUAUGGCUGGAGGAGGAGCUCGCAUCGUGAGUGUGCCUCUUCAUCUAUCAAUGUCAAUCAGUUUAGUAGUCAUGUGCAUUUGAGAUGUGCUGAAUGUCCCGAUCCCUUGUCAGGUUCAAGCGAAUCCUUGUGCUCAUCUCUCACUCUCAAGACUUCCUGAACGGAGUUUGCACCAACAUCAUCCACCUGCACCAGAAGAAGCUCAAGUACUACACGGUAAGAACACAGCAGCGAGCUCACUCACCCCCUGUUCAACAGACGUGAUCAAUUCACUUUUGCCACACUAUUAUUUAGCAGUUUAUCUAAGGGCAAUCAGUCACUAGCUUGGUGGAACCAGCCGGUUUGCUCCUUUCACCAUUGUUUUAGUUGAUUGAUUAGUUGAUAGAUUUUAUUUGGCAAUUUAAAAUACAUAAACAUGUUACACCUGGCGACAGAUACACAUACAUUGAAGUGAAAAAGAAUGGUGAAUGCAGCGAUCAUGCUUGUUCCAUCAGGCUAUUGAGUCACCCCUUAGAAGGCAACCAUGUAUAUUGUGCAGUAGAGCAGGGUUUCUCAAACCCCGUCCUGCGGCCCCCCCCUGGGUGCAAGUUUAGUUUUUUGUCCUAGCACUACACAGCUGAUUCAAAUAACCGACUCAUAAUCAAGCUUUGAUUAUUUUAAUCAACUGUGUAGUGCUAGGGCAAAAACCAAAACGUGCACCCGGGGGGGGCCCCAGGACCAGUGGAGGCCCUGAGGGGAGGACGGCUCAUAAUAAUGGCUGGAACGGCGCAAAUGGAAUGGUAACAAAUACAUCAAACACAUGGUUUCCAGGUUUUUGAUACCAUUCCACCUAUUCCGCUCCAGACAUUACCACAAGUCCGGCCUCCCCAAUUAAGGUGCCAACCAGUUUGAGAAACCCUGCACUAGAGUGUCCUGGACAGACACAGCCAACUGUGAUCUCAUCACACCUUAUAAGGGAGGAGAAGGGGGUCGUGGGGUUAUGGCCUGUUUCUAAUUAUGCAUGCGAGACAGUGUGUCCGUUGGCUUCACCGAAUGGUGUGGGAUGACCAUACAAAUUCUACUUUUCAAAGGGUAACUAUGACCAGUACGUGAAGACCAGGGAGGAGCUAGAAGAGAACCAGAUGAAACGCUUCAACUGGGAGCAGGACCAGAUCUCACACAUGAAGGUAGACGGCGCUACAUUGUGGCGGUGCAGAGUACUACUACCCCACAUGGCAAUAUUAUUCCCCUGUACUGUUAAAGUAUGAUAGCCUAAGUGCCAGUCUGUUUGUGCUAUCCUCAACACCAUCUCUCUACCCGCUGUGUAGAAUUACAUUGCCAGGUUUGGUCAUGGCUCGGCCAAGCUGGCACGACAGGCCCAGAGCAAAGAGAAGACGCUGCAGAAGAUGGUGGCCUCAGGGCUGACUGAACGUGUGUUGGAUGACAAGGCAAGAGGCUCACUGAAACAUUUGUGGUUUGUGUGGAUGCAAUAUAUUAUGUACUGAACUGAAUCACAUCCAUUGCAUCUUUCUAAAGCCAUUCAUGGUUUACUCUUGAACAAAGAAGUGUAUACUCUUAGAAAUAAAUAAUAGGUUAUUCACGCUAUGGCUAAUUUGAGUGUUGCAGUGGUGGUAAUCAUAUCUCUCUCUCCCUCUCAUAGACACUGUCAUUUUAUUUUCCUUCCUGUGGAAAGAUCCCCCCUCCUGUUAUCAUGGUUCAGAAUGUUAGCUUCAAAUACAGUGACAACCAGGUCAGUAUGUAGCAAUGAGCAGGUUUUUAUUGGAGUCUGAGAGCUCAUUUCUUAUGUUCUGUCCUCAUUCACUAAUCUGCCUAUUCCUCCUCCAGCCACACAUAUACAAGAACCUGGAGUUUGGCAUUGACCUGGACACGCGAGUGGCUCUGGUGGGGCCCAAUGGAGCAGGGAAGUCUACACUCCUCAAACUCCUUAUGGGAGAGGUAGGUGGUGCCAUUUCAGUUAAGUCUUGUUUUAACAUCUAGUAAUGACAGUAUAAUAAUAAUAAUAAUAUGCCAUUUAGCAGACGCUUUUAUCCAAAGCGACUUACAGUCAUGUGUGCAUACAUUUUUACGUAUGGGUGGUCCCGGGGAUCGAACCCACUACCCUGGGCGUUACAAGCGCCAUGCUCUACCAGCUGAGCUACAGAGGACCACAAGUAUGGCAUAUACCGUAAUACACCUCUCUUUCUUUGUCUCUUCAGCUCCUCCCCACUGACGGCAUGAUCAGGAAACAUUCUCACGUGAAGAUUGGCCGAUAUCACCAGGUAGGAGAAAAUACGUAGUAACAUGACACAUUGCCUGGUGGUUCCCAAAGACGGCCAUCCCAUGCCAGUCGCUGGGUUUUGAUUGACAGGCAUAAAUAAACUCUGCGAUUUGAUGCAUGGAUGCUUCAACUCUCCGUAGCCUCCAUAGCCCGGUUGCAGAGACAUAAACCUGCCUGAGCCUAACAUGCUGACUAGACCGGGCACGCGUGCGCGUCCGCGUGUACCAUCGCGCGCAUGUUGAUUUUGUCCAUCCACAUCAGACGCGAUCAGGACCAAAACAAACUCUGAACCAACUAUACUGAACAAAAAUAUAAACACAACAUGUAAAGUGUUGGUCCCAUUUUUCAUGAGCAGAAAUGUUCCAUACGCACAAAAAUCUUAUUUCUCUCAAAUGUUGUGCACAAAUGUGUUUACAUCCCUGUUAGUGAGCAUUUCUCCUUUGCCAAGAUAUGCCACACCUGUCAGGUCGAUGGAUUAUCAAGAAGCUGAUUAAACACCAUGAUCAUUACACAGGUGCACCUUGUGCUGGGGACAAUAAAAGGCCACUCUAAAAUGUGCAGUUUUGUCACACAACGCCACAGAUGUCUGACGUUUUGAGGGAGCGUGCAGUUGGCAUGCAGACUGCAGGAAUGUCCACCACAGCUGUUGCCAGAGAAUUUAAUGUUAAUUUCUCUACCAUAUGCCGCCUCCGUCGUUUUAGAGAAUUUGGCAGUACGUCCAACCGGUCUCACAACCGCAGACCACAUGUAACCACGCCAGCCCAGGACCUCCACAUCCGGCGUCUUCACCUGCGGGAUCGUCUGAGGAGUAUUUCUGUCUGUAGUAAAGCGCUUUUGUGGGGAAAAACUCAUUCUGAUUGGCUGGGCCUGGCUCCCCAGUGGGUGGGCCUAUGCCCUCCUAGACCACCCAUGGCUGCACCCCUGCCCAAUCAUGUGAAAUCCAUAGAUUAGGGCUUAAUUUAUUUAUUUAAAUUGACUGAUUUCCUUCUAUGAACUGUAACUCGGUAAAAUCUUGCAUUUAUAUUUGUGUUCAGUAUAUAUUAAUUUGGGGACAGAAAACAUUAACAUGAAACAUUCAUGGACAUUUAGCUAGCUAGCUUGCUGUUGCUAGCUAAUUUGUCCUGGGAUAUUAACAUUUGGUUAUUUUACCUGUAAUGCACAAGGUCCUUUUUUUCUGGAUCUUCAAAUAAUUUUGACCCAUUUUGAGUCACACAAAAUCGUGUGUUCUCUUCUCCAACAAUUAAUCCACAGAUAAAAGGGGAAACCUAGUUCGUUUCUAGUAAUCUCUCCUCCUUCAGCCUUCUUAUUCUUCUAUGGACUUUACAUGGCGGUUGGCAACCAAUUUUGACUGGAGCGUGGACCUCAGUUCAUCUUUCAAUCACCCACGUGGGUAUAUGCUCCUAAAAACCAAUGAGGAGAUGAGAGAGGCGGGACUUGCAGGGCGUCAAGCGUCAAAAAUAGAUCCAAGUUCUAUUUUAGUGCCUGGGUACACAGAUGCUUGUUCGUUGACGCGCAUGAGCAGUUUGGAUGAAAUGAUUGAGUAACAUGUAUGUGUACAUUUAUUUUGCAUCGCUCGCGCACGCAACGCGGGCGGUGUAGUCAGCAUGUAAGGGUGCCGACACGCUGGGAUUUUGUGUCCGAAAAUUUGGGAUUGAGUCAAUGGUUUUUCAAUGGGAGUUAUCGUUGUCGGAUGACAGACAACAGAGAUGAUUGUCCUUCUAAAAUCUCACAAUAUGUCCGCCUUUUUACAUACGAAGCUUGUUCGAAAAUACUUGACUUUUAACUUUUUAUGGACCAAAAACGGACAAUUGAUCCAUUUCAAGUGCGUUCAUGCGUCUGUCUGACCGCAGCCGCUUGUUAAAGUGCAUCUGAAUGUAUCUAAUAUACCUGUAUGGUGUCAUCUAUCUGCAGCAUCUGACAGAGCAGCUGGAGCUGGACCUGUCUCCUCUGGAGUACAUGAUGAAGUGCUACCCAGAGAUCAAGGAGAAGGAGGAGAUGAGGAAGAUCAUCGGCCGCUACGGCCUCACAGGAAAACAACAGGUGAGACCGCAGAGCUCGGUCUGGGCCCAGGAUCCACUGGAGAAGCAUUGACAAUCAGAUUGUUCACCUGGUAUAGAAACGCUGUUUGAAGUGACUUUGGCAUGAUUGUUGUCAUCGUCAUUGAUAGUACAGGAAUAGUGACUUUAAACUUUUCCCAUGUUUGUUGGAAUACCUGUUCCUGUCAAACAUCUUUUAAUCCUCCACAAUCAUUGUAGUGUUAACCUGUGGUGUAUACUGGUGGGUACUUGAUGGUGGAAUUUGAUUGAUCUUCCUCCUGGAAUAAAAAAUUAAUAAAAAACUUAACAUAAGCACUUGCACUCCUUCAUGUUCAUGGUCCUUACUCUGUCCUCUCCCGUAGGUGAGUCCGAUCAGGAACCUGUCGGACGGCCAGAAGUGUCGGGUGUGUUUCGCCUGGCUGGCCUGGCAGAACCCCCACAUGCUCUUCCUGGACGAACCCACCAAUCACCUGGACAUCGAGACCAUCGACGCCCUGGCUGACGCCAUCAACGACUACGAGGGCGGCAUGAUGCUGGUCAGCCACGACUUCAGACUCAUCCAGCAGGUACCACCAUUCUAUCCUCCCUGACCGGUCCCUCAUCUAUACCUCACAUCACAUAGCCCAAUGUGCAACAAAGUCAGACUUAGACCCUGCCAGGUAGUUACAACAUGGAUAAUCUCUCGUGGACAGACGCAUGUAACACAGGAUGGUAUCGUAGCAUUUGUCAACAGACUGUGUGAUGUGACGACGUGAUCAUUUGUACAAAUCACGAUUUUGCAGGUGUGCACAUCUUUUGAAUUUCAGAAAGGGAGGAGACAUUUUGCCCAUGCUUUGGCUGAGAGAUUCCAUUUAGGGGGGUGGAGACUUCGCUAGUCUCGUUAGUAUCUUUUCUCAUACAUCUUCCCCCAAAACCUAAUCGAGCACCUGGGUUUCCGAGAUUACAAUAGGGAUAGAAUUAGAGAGAAAGGGAACAUGUUUUCAAUUGAGGUUUGUUCAUUGCCAAUGCUGUGACGCCAACAUUAUUAUAUAUUUUUUCAGGUGGCUCAGGAGAUCUGGGUGUGUGAGAAGCAAACCAUCACAAAAUGGAACAGAGACAUCCUGGCAUACAAGGAACACUUGAAAUCGAAGAUUGACAAGCAAGCGCAUGACAUC